AUGCGCCUCGAAGAAUUCAAAGCAAACCAACUUUUAGUCUUACCACCUAAUCCCGAUGUGGAUUUCAGUGGAAAGACGAUCAUCAUUACAGGUGCCAAUGCUGGAAUUGGAUAUGAAUUGGUACGAUAUUACUUGAAACAAAAUGCAAAACACAUCGUAAUGGUUUGUCGUUCAAUGGAAAAAGCUCAAAAAGCUAAAGAAAAAUUAUUGGCCGAAGCAAAUCGUAAAGAUGAUGGAGUGAUUACGAUCGAGUUGAUGAAUAUGCUAAGCUUUACUUCUGUUAAAGCUUGUGCUGAUAAAUUGAACGCAACUUUGGAUUCCGUUCAUGUCAUUCAUCAUAACGCAGGGAUGGCUUGCGUUCCCAAACAAUUAAGCGAAGAUGGAUAUGAAACAGUUGCCCAAACAAACGUUCUCUCUUCUUCUCAGUUUGCUUUACUGACCCAUCCGUUGUUGAAAAAGACAUCAGAGAAAGAAGGUGUACAAACACGUAGCGUGUUCACAUGCACAGAUGGUAUAUAUUACAUACCAGAUGAUGUUUCCCAAAAACACGAAGGUGUAGGUUACGUGAAGCAUCUGGCAGUUGACAGGGAAAUCACUAAAGAGCAAGAAAUCUGGCAUUAUUGUGCAACGAAGAAUUACUUAGCCAAUUUCGCCCGUGAAUAUGCAAAGCGUAUCAGUCCACAGAACGUUUCCGUUUGGCUUGCCGCUCCUGGCUUGACCCAAACCGAAUUUGCACAGAAAUCACACGAUGGUGUCCUGGACGAAAAGCAAAAGAAGAACGAAGACAUGUACGAAACCAAACCGCACGGUAAUCUUGGCAAGCGUUGA